GUUCCUGCUCUUCCGCCCAGAGUUCACCGUGCUGAAAUUCUUUCGGUAACCGCAGGGCGGCAGGAACUGCUAAUAUAAAUUUAUAAAAACGCUUUGCUUUUGUGGGAAACGCUUUUGUGCUCUACUGUCAUACACUGGAGGUGUUUACAGAAAUCAAGAGACUACUUUUAACCGAGACACGCUAAGAUGCAUAUUUGAUUUAAUCGGCAAACUGCCGCUCGGUCCCAUUGACUAUUAACAGCCAAUGGGUCCUACAGUCAAUAGGCUGCUGUUUCCUGGGGAUUGCUGAUGUAGGCGCAACCUGUGUGCGUCGGGAUAUCAGUCCGUGUCCGAGGGUUAAAUAGUUCUGUUUACAAAAUGGAUGAAUUUAAAGCCUGUAACAUGCUGGACUACUUUCCAGAAAACAUUUUAAUUGACGUGUUGUCGUAUUUGAGCGUGCGAGAGCUCGUCAGAGCCGGAAGAGUGUGUAAGAGAUGGAAACGCCUUGUCAAAGACCAAAGACUGUGGAGAUUUGUCGAUCUGACGGCAUGGAAAGGGGUGACAUCCCGCACACUUUGGCUCCUGCUACGUCAGUACCUAGGUUGUGGACUAAGGUGCCUACGAUUACGCGGUUUGCUGCUUUCUGCCCGAGGGGGCACCUUUCUCUCUGAGUCUUGGCUCAAAGCUUUGUCCACAAAGUGCCCUCGCCUGAGUAAGCUCUAUCUUCUGCACGCAGACCUGCGAAGCCUGCCUAGUUGCCAGCUCCUACCUCCAUCUUUGCAGGUGUUGGAGCUGCGUGGGUGUGAGCUGCCUCGUGAAUUUUUCAACCAGACUCUUCCUUCACCUGCUUGUUCCCAAGAAAGAUCUGAAGCCACAUCCAGUGUUGGUGCUCAACAGCAAGGAAGGGAUCGUAAAGGAAAAGGCCUUGGCUCUCCAUCAGGGAUUGGUAUUGGGAGGUUAGUUCUUAACAACGUGCCCUCUUUCACAGACCAGCAUCUGCAGAGUCUGACAUCAUGGGAGAGGCUCAGUCGUUUGGAGCUGCGUGACACCUUUCGUGUGACGGCUAACGGGCUCAGGAGCAGUGCUGCUAAGGACGGGGUCUGUGGUGUGGAAGGGCUUUCCAGGCUAAAGUUUCUGGAAAUAGGCAUCACCGGGCGGCAAGGCUACCAGUUACAGAUGGCCUCCCUGGGGCUGGGGGCAGGAUGGCUCGGACUGGAGGAACUGAGUCUUGGGGGUAAGGAGGUGGGGCCAGGUUUGCUCUGUGCCAGCCGGCUGAAGGACCUGAAGUGUCUGUGCCUAUGGGCCUGCACGCUUAGCGAGAUGCAGAUAGUACGGAGUUGCAGGAUGCUUCGUGGGCUCCGCCAGCUGGAGUUUUUGGACGUAAUCUUCCAGCCUCGGCAGUGUCCACCAGUAGUGGAGGGGGAGGGUGGUGGUGGUGGAGAAGAGCAGGACAAUGAGGAAGCUGCAGGUGGAGAUAACAGCAAUGAUGAGAACAAGACACUAGACAUGAACGAUCCCAUUCCAAGUUUGCGUCGCUCACUGGCUGUUCUGCUGCCAUCCUGCACACUAGUUUUCACCAACUGCUCUGUUCAGAUCAAUGCAGACUAAAUGAGGUCUCUACUGCUGUAUACAAGUGGCCAAUAUAGAUACAAUUCUUUCACACAUGCUGGCAUAUGUAAUUUAUUGAAGCUUAUGGGUAUAAUGAAUGACUUAUGUUUUUAUUAUUGUGUCAUGUUUAUAACUAUGCCCAGCGCACAUGGGCUGAUGGGAUAUCUCAAAUUCACUGGAGCCAGCUCCAGAUAUUAAUCAGAUAUUCAGACCAUGUCAUAAAUAUUAAUAAAUAUUUUUUUAACUGCCAACUUCAAUAGCCAGAGGAGGAAACCCAGUUGUCAACUGUGCAAAAGAUCUUUGGCUUCUAGAUAAGAGAAAUGUUACAUAUGAUUGAGGACCAUAUUUUUGGUUAAUAUGUAUAUGUCUUUCAUUUUGGUUUUGAAAGAAUAUUUUCAAAUCAUUUUUCAUCAAACUUGAAUAAAAGGUUACUUUAAAAGUGCUAUAUCUUGUGCUAUAGUACUUUUUUAAAACAUUUUUUAUUGAAAAUCAAAUGAUAAAGUAACCAGACGGGAAUGUCUGUUGGCCAAUUCAGCUAAUUAAAAAAAUACCUGACAAAUUAAGAUACUUCAUCACAUUGAUGAAAAAAAAAAUCUUCCCACAAAGCAGUCUUGCCUCUUUGAUUUGCAACUUUGCCUCAGAGAACCCCUAAAUGUUAUAGUUAGAGCUACAGCAUUAUAAACAGUUUGGACGGUAGAUACAUUUAUGGCUCAAGGUAAUUCAUAGAUCAUAUUUGGACAAAAGUAAAUGUACUCUUUAAACACAAUACUGUGUUAAACAAUAUAGGGAACUGUCACUGUGUAAAGACACAAGCAGGUGUUAGCUACAAAGGCAGAGAACUGAAGCAUGCUGCUGGCAAUGAUCCACCUGUUUCCUGUUCCUCAACUGUUUUUCAACAAUGUAUAUAUCAUAAAAUAUAUCUGAUACAAGCAAGUGUUUGGUAUUGGUGUUACAGAAAAACAGCAUAACAUAUUUAAAGUAGUCUUUAUCAAGUCCCAAUUCUCCCUUACUUUACCAUUUUCUUUCCUGUAUGAUUUUUAGAAAUUAUAAAAUCAGAAAUGGUAAUCGUAAAUGUCAGUAGUAAAAACAUGGAAGAUCUGUGUCAUUGACAUGAAUUGUGUUGCAUUGUUGCAAACCAACCUUUAUCAUUUUAA